CUUCACCGUCAAAUACCUAGUGCAUGCCUACACUGUCAUGCCUUGGGGUUUUCUUUGCAGCACUGUGUUUAAUUUUACUACCAUCUCGCCUCCUUACCUCGCUUCCCUCAUAAGCAAGUGAGAUGGUGGAGGUAGAAGGGGGAAAAAAGUUCUGGGCAGGACAGUUGUACCAGAGGGGCCUUACAGGUCCCACUGCCCUGGCGCUGGGUGUGCAGCAGCAGCUGCAUGCCCCAGUCAGAACUUGGAAUGGGAUUUUGCAGCCUUGUUGGCCCCUUCGGUCUGUGGAGCUGCAGGGUGGGGGCUGUCCAUGUUGGCUGGAGCCAGGCUGUGGGGCCUCUUCUCUCUAAAGCGGGCUCUUAUCAGGCGUGGGCAGGACUGACCUGUUUUGGGAGACUGGGGCAGGUUGAUUAGGAGCAUGGUGACCCCUCCCUUUGGCACUGGUGGAGGUGACCAAGCACUGAGCGUCGGGAGCCUUAGGGAGAGAGUCAGUGGUGCAAAAUGAAACAGCGGCUGAGCCAGCAUAGUUCAGACCAACGCAGUCACGUUCAGUGGCAUGCGAUGGCCUUGGGCGUUAAGACAACCGAUUUCUGACUUGCAGAGACUGAUGCUUCUUUCCCUGCACGUGUAUGGACCCAGGCCUGAAUUGCAGUGCCCCAGCAAUGGAAGACCUUGUCCUCUUUGUUUCCUUUCCUUUUUUUUCUGGCAGAGCCUCUUAGGGCUUGGUUGUUUCUUUAAGAACUGCGUAUCUGUGAGUUGAACAGUGGAGCCCGGGUUAUUUACAUCUGGAAUGAGAUUUUCUUCUUGGAUCUGAUUAAACAUUUAACCAAAAGCAAACAGGGGGAAGCACUGCUGUUGCAUCAAGGUAGCCUGCGAGUAAGAAACCUGCCCACAGUGCGUGCCUGGUACCUGGCCAGGUCCAGCACAGCUGCGAGCUGUCUUCCUGCACACGGAGCACGAGCGGAGGCAGUCGAAGACGGUCACACAAGCCGACAUGAAGGUGGAAUUACUCCCAGCCCUCACAGACAACUACAUGUACCUCCUCAUUGAUGAGGAAACGAAGGAGGCUGCCAUAGUUGAUCCUGUGCAGCCCCAGAAGGUUUUGGAUGCAGUCAAAAAGCAUGGCGUGAAACUGACCACCGUCCUGACCACACAUCAUCACUGGGACCAUGCUGGAGGAAAUGAGAAGCUUGUAAAGAUGGAGACGGGGUUGCGUGUGUAUGGGGGAGACAGCAGAGUUGGAGCACUGACACAGAAAGUGUCUCACCUUACAUCACUCAAGGUGGGAUCUCUUAAUGUGAAAUGCCUCUGUACGCCGUGUCACACUUCUGGACACAUCUGUUAUUAUGUGACUAAGCCAAAUAGCUCCGAGCCACCUGCUGUUUUUACAGGUGACACACUCUUUGUGGCUGGUUGUGGGAAAUUCUUCGAGGGAACCCCGGAGGAAAUGUACAGAGCACUGAUUGAGAUUUUGGGCAGCUUGGACCCCAAAACGAAAGUUUACUGCGGUCACGAAUACACAAUCAACAAUCUCAAGUUUGCUCGACAUGUUGAACCCAAUAAUGUCGCUAUCCAGGAAAAGCUUGCUUGGGCCAAGGCAAAGUAUGACGGUGGUGAGCCAACCAUACCUUCCACCAUUGCAGAAGAGUUUACGUACAACCCCUUCAUGCGAGUGAGGGAGAAGACGGUUCAGCAGCACGCAGGGGAGACUGACCCCAUCCGAACAAUGGGGGCCAUCAGAAAAGAGAAGGAUAACUUCCGAGUCCCGAAGGAUUGAGCACUCUACCUGGAUCACUUUAAUGUCAGUUUAAGUGUAAUUUAGACUAUUCAGAUGUUUUAGGAGUUGAACCUUCUGUUGUGGUUGAGACAGUCAUAUUUAGGUUUUUAUUUUGUUUUAAUUAAGGAAAAAAAAGCACUUUGUCCUUGUUGAGAUGUUCUACAGCAUAUUUAUAUUAUGAUGAAGAAUAUUUAUCCUUCUAUUGCUGGCUCUCAAACUGUCACAUGUCACAUGCAGAUCAUUUUACAAGUGUCGGUACGUGGCUCAGAGUCUGGGGUGGGGAAGGGUCAAACCUUGAGGUCUAGGAAAAGGCUCUUGUCACUUUUGUAGGAGCCUGACAUGAAUGCAGACAGUGGGACUGAGGCCUGAGAUAUCUUCAUUUAAAAAAGAGACAAAAUGCAGUAACUACAUUGCCAGCUGAAGAUUUGAACUUUUUGUCCAUGCUGCUACUUAAACAAGCACUUCUGAGUCUGUUGCUUCUGGCUCCACUAAAACCAGUUCUCAGGGACAGACCUGCUCUGCCACUGCCAGUUCAGGGCUUAGUUUGUGAAAUACGCAGGGUGGUCUGGCCCUGGGAAUGGCACAUGGGGACUGUCCAGCUUUUCUCUUCUCUCUGACCUUCCCUGUCGUGGACUGCAGUAACUUUUCCAGGCAGCAUGCUGGCUUAGAGAUUGCACUGUUGCUUAUACCCUUUCUCUCUUAACUUAAGGCUGUUUGCAUGUACCUGCUUACUGCUCUUAAGUGUGAGCUGUAUGUUAACUUGUAUUAGUACCACACAAACGAAGAAGGGAUUUGUCUGCUGGUUCAAAAUCCUGAGAAGAACUUACCUAGUGACUAACUGCGUGUCUAACAGAUCCUCCCAACAGAUGCCUUGCUGCCGAUAGCCAGAACAGCGGCUUUGUACCUUGCUGUGAGUAAUGUGGCAAAGGAG